AUGGACGUUUACACCACGAUCCUGUCUGUCACUGCUCCUGGCCCAGUCAUCCUGAAGAGCCCCACGGCCGCAGCUGACCUUGCCCGAGAGUGCAACAAAGCCGCUGCAGCGCUUUGUGAUGGCGCCCCCACCCGUUACGGCUUCUUCGCUUCGGUGCCUUCGCUUUUUGACACCGACCUCGCCCUCCAAGAGAUUCGGUACGCACUAGACGUUCUGAGGGCAGACGGCGUCACACUCUUCACUCGCUACGGGGAAGGAAACAACUAUCUCGGUCACGAGGCUUUCAAGUCCAUCUGGGCCGAACUCAGCAGUCGCAAGGCAGUGGUCUUCAUCCACCCAACUUCUCCCGAGAACAAAGACCUCAUCAACAAUGACCUCCCUCUGCCGAUGUUUGACUAUCCGCAUGAGACUGGACGUACUGCCAUGGACCUGAUUACCACCGGCCGACUCCAAGAGAAUCCGGGUUGCAAGGUCAUUCUGUCUCACGCCGGGGGUUCACUGCCCUUCCUCAUUCAUCGUGCGGCCACCAUGCUUCCCUGUAUGCCAGAGGACCGGAAUAUCGGAGUUAGCCGAGAGGAGCUUCUCCGUCGGGCGCGGGAAUUCUACUUUGAUACGGCUAUCUCGGCGAAUGAGGUUGUCAUGACGGCGUUGAUGGAGUUUGCUCAACCUGGUCAUAUCCUCUUUGGGAGUGACUUUCCCAAUGCGCCCACGCAGGCUAUUAUCCAAUUCACCACCUUCAUUGAUGAAAAUUUGCCUGAUGGACUUACGACUAAUGAUCUGAAGGAGAAUGCGUUGGAACUCUUUCCCCGUCUGAAGCAGAGGACAGUGAACCGUGAUGCAUUCGGGGCUCGUAUGUAG